AAUUAUAAACUUUUUCCACAAAAUUCAAAAAAAAAAAAGAAGAAAAAAUAAUUUGUGGGCUGUUGUUUUGCUGAAAAAAAUUUUUUUUUAUGAAAGCAAAUACAACAUAUGAUUUGUAGCAUUAUAAAAUCAAAAUAUCGGGUCAUUCACAGAACUAAGUAUUGAACAAAAGAGGCGUGUUAUAGAUCUAUCUUCUUCUCAUUCUCUCCUGUUUUAUUUAGAUAAGAACUGAGCCAGGCAGAUAAUAACAAAACAAGCAGUUUACUACGGAAAUGGCUGAACGAUGUAUAUCUUUGAAUACAAUAAAUUUUAAAUCAGAUCAAUGCUGUUAAUGGCAUAAAACGGUGCAGUAAAUACAUGAGUACAUAUGAGCAUAUAUGAGUACAUACAAGCAUACACGAGUACAUACGAGGAUAUGAGUACAUACAAGCAUACACGAGUACAUACGAGGAUAUGAGUACAUACAAGCAUACACGAGUACAUAUGAGCAUAUAUGAGUACAUACAAGCAUAUGAGUGUAUAUAGCAUAUAUAAGUACAUAUGAGCAUACAUGAGUACAUAUGAGUGCAAUGAGUGCAUAUAAGCAUACCUAAGUACAUAUGACUUUAUGUGAGUAUUUAUUAAAUUUUUCAUAACACUGCCAAAGAACCCUGCUGAGUAGACAGACUGUUUAAAGAAAAAAAAGAAAAAAAUAAGAAGUAAAUCAAAUUACUAUAACAAGAUAAAUAAUAAAAUAAAACAAAACAAAACAAAAAUAGGUCGACACUCAAAUUUCAUUGAAAUAUGUUGAUGAAACACCUACAAAUGACGGCGUUCUUCUCAAGCGUGAUUUUAUCGGUUCAAACAUCAGACAUGACGUCAAGUGACAAUACGACGACGUCACAACGAUGCGUUGCCGUUUUGUUGGGUCAAAGUGAAAAAGUUUUGUAUAGAAAAUUUGUAUCCCGGAAAAAAGACUGUAUAUACUUCAAUUCUGAGCAUAUUGUGCUCUCCAAUGACCCACAAGAAUUGAUGAGGGAAAUGUCAAAAUUGGAGGUUGGCACUUGUAAAUUGGUGAUGGCUUUAGAACCACGAGAGCAAAAUCUUCUCUCUGAACUGUUCACGAGGACGCAUCACGUCAUCUCCGAUUACAACCACGAUCUGGUUUCAGAAUCCCUCCUCACUAAACUCACGUCGCCUGCAAGCGAAUCCUGCACACAGGCUGAACACAUUUACAUCAAAACAUUAACCAUGCUGACUCAGCAUGCAUCGGUGGAUUUAAUCGUUAUACUGACCGACCCAAAGACGUGCGAUGUAGAGUUUUCACGAACACUAGCCAAUUCAAUCAAGCAAGAACGAGCUGCGGGACACUCCUUCAGAGUGAUGACAUACGAGUUGAAAAUAACACAACGUGCGCUGAGCCCAAACGAAGUUUUACUUAACAUUCAGCAGUACAGCCAAUCGAGAAGAAUGUUUAUUAUGCUGACGUCAGUGGAAACGACCAAACUUUAUUUUGAAGCUAGCCGUGCAACUCAGAUGAAUCAAUAUAGUGAUAUUUGGAUAGCUAAACAUAGUUUAUACGACACUGACAUAAUACCGGCACAAACUCUCACCUUCACGGAGUUAACAUAUAAAGAGUAUCAUCCAAAACAAAACGAAGAAGUCGUCUCGAAUGAAUUUUCAGAUGUUAAGAAGGCGAUAUGUUCCACAUUAGAAGACAGAAACGAGCUAUCAAAAACGAUGCAAAAAAAUGCCUUCCUGAAUGAUACAAAGGAGUUAGUCACCGUACGACUGUGGUGGUACAAGGCGUGGAAAAUCAUCUACCACGUUACUUCUGGAACAGAAACGUUCGCGAUUUUACCACAAUUUACUGGCUUUGGCUUUCUUGGAGCACUUGGCAUAAAACAUCGUGAAACAUUAAAAAUCGUCUCAGUCAUCGAGGCUCCAUUCUUAGAAACUGAAGAUUACAUGUACGACGCUAAUCAAAGUGUAUGUGACACUGGAUCUUUGGUCUGUAAAGUACCACUAAACCAAAAUGGUAAUACAACAUGGCACCACACAUGUUGCUAUGGUUACUCUGUCGAUCUAAUUAUACAUUUAGCGCUGUUUCUAGGCUUUCAAGCUGAUAUUUACAUAGUUGAAGAUGGUAACUAUGGCGGCUAUGAUAAUAACACAGGAACAUUUAACGGAAUGGUGGGUGAUGUCCUUCAUAAGAAAGCUGACAUAGCAGUCGCGGGGCUGACCAUCAACACUGACAGACAGCCAUACGUAGAUUUCACUGUUCCUUUCAUGAGAGCUGAGAUAGGCAUAGUCACGCUAAAACAAAUUACAAAUUCAAAUUAUCUCACUUUUGACUUUAUAGCAAUGUUAGGCAACGAUGCGCUUUACGCCAUGGGCGCGUCUUUUUUAGUAGCCAUGCUGUUGAUUAAUUUGUUCGAUAACAUUGUACUCUAUCAUGAAAGAAAAUACGAUAAACAAUUCCGGGGGAGUACAAAAUUAAAAAUGUAUUCCCUGAAAGAUGCUUUUACAUAUGCCAGUGGGUUAUUAUUUCAACGUGAGCUAGGUGGGGUAAAUCCUUCCACUUUGAGCGGUCGUACAGUAGCUAUCAUGUUCGCGUUUUCCAUGGUGGCAGCAACAACCUUGUACACAGCCUCCUUGACUGCAGAUCGCGUUGUUCGAAGUGAAACAUUGGAUUUUUUAGGAAUGAAAGACCACAGGAUGCAAAAUCCGACGCAAGAUUUUAAAUUUGCAACAUCAAGGCACACAAGCAUUGAAGAUUUUUUCAGAGUUGCACCAGAUGAAGCCUUGCAGAGAAUGUACCGUUUCAUGAGACAAUACAAUGUUGGAAACAUAGAAGAGGGAAUAAAUAAAGUUUUGUCAGGCGAACUACAAGCGUACCUCAAUGAGUAUCCAUUUUUAAAAUACUUCAUUGCACAAUUAUCAAAUUGUGAACUAGAGAUCCACGAAAACUCAAUCGGACAAGCUAGCUAUGGAAUCGCUGUUGCUAAAGAUUCGUUUAUCAGAUUUGACUUGUCGAGGGGGAUCCUCUACUUACAAGAAGAAGGCAUAUUAUUGGACCUUGAAAAGAAAUGGUUGUCCAACAAAUGUGGCGAAAUACCAUUACAAAAUGAAUUUUCACUUGUUUUUUUUACAAUGCCACUGCUGAUAUUAGUGGGAGCUAUUGUGGUAGCAUUUUUGAUUUUAGUCGGUGAGAUACUAGUCGGUAAAUAUGUACGCCGAUUUAAAAAAUCACAUAGAAUCUCAGGUAGUGUGAACUCAUGGACUGCGAUUCCAGAAAGCAGAAGAAGCAUUUUAAUAAUGUACAAAUAAAUUUGCAAUUUUUUUUUAUAAGAGAGAAAGAUUUAAAAAGGAAUGGAUAAUCUUUGUUUUUUCAGAAAAAAUAAGUAGGAUUCUUUA